GUUGCCUUCGUGCCAUCCCACAAGGCCACAAUAUUAAGUAUGAAGUGCAAUAACUAGAGAGAAAUAAUCAGAUAAAUAAAUAAAAUCUAGAGAAGAAGAAAAAAGGAAGUAGGUAGAGUGUGUGGAAAUGGAGACACCACUGCUAAACGGCGGCGACGGUAACAGGUUGAAGGCGGAGAACGGUGACUACGCGGAGGUGAAGAGCAUUAGCGAGGCGGCGGCGGUGUUUAAGGAAGAGACUAUCAAGUUAUGGAAGAUAGCAUCACCAUUAGUCUUUAACAUUAUUUGUCAAUAUGCUACAAAUUCUCUUACGAACAUUUUUGUAGGACAUCUUGGGGAACUUGAGCUUUCGGCUAUUUCUAUCUCAAUGUCCGUCAUUAACACCUUCGCAUUCGGCUUCAUGCUUGGUAUGGGGAGCGCGCUUGAGACAUUGUGUGGACAAGCUUUUGGUGCAGGGCAAGUUCAUAUGCUUGGAAUUUACAUGCAACGCUCGUGGAUCAUCCUAUUGCUCAGCAGUCUUGUACUCCUACCAAUUUACAUCUUUGCUGCACCUGUGUUAAAGUUUCUAGGACAGGACACUGAUGUAGCCAACCUCUCAGGACAGUUCACCAUCCUUACUAUACCCUCAUUGUUCUCGUUGGCUAUCAAUUUUCCUACUCAGAAGUUCCUCCAAGCCCAAAGCAAGGUUAAUGUUAUGGCUUGGAUUGGAUUUAUUGUUCUAAUUGAACACGCUGUGCUUCUCUGGCUAUUCAUUGCUGUGCUGGGCUGGGGUCUGCAAGGGGCUGCAGUAGCUUUCAACUUCACAAAAUGGGUGACUGCAAUUGCACAAGUUGUUUAUGUGUUUGGUUGGUGCAAGGAUGCUUGGACAGGGUUCUCAUGGGCUGCUUUUAACGAGAUGUGGGCGUUUGUUAGGCUUUCAAUUGCUUCUGCUGUGAUGCUUUGCCUUGAAAUCUGGUAUAUGAUGAGCAUAACACUUCUUGCUGGUCACCUUCCAAAUGCUGUCAUUACUAUAGGCUCUCUUUCUAUCUGCACGAAUAUAAAUGGACUACAAUUUAUGAUAUUCAUCGGAAUAAAUGCUGCUGUAAGUGUUCGUGUAUCAAAUGAGCUUGGGUUACAGCAUCCAAGGGCAACCAAAUACAGUGUUUUCGUUGCAGUCUUCCAGUCUAUCAUCAUCGGGCUUCUGUGCUUGGUCAUUAUCCUCAUCACUAAAGACCAUUUUGCUAUUAUUUACACCGAUAGCAAGGAAUUGCAGCAAGCAGUUUCUAAACUAGCUUGGCUUCUUGGUGUGACAAUGGUUCUUAACAGUAUUCAGCCUGUCAUUUCAGGAGUUGCUGUUGGAGGGGGGUGGCAAGCCACUGUGGCCAAUAUAAACUUGGCUUGCUAUUAUGUUUUUGGGCUACCGCUUGGAUACAUUCUCGGCUAUGUAGCACACUUGGGAGUAGAGGGCCUUUGGAGCGGAAUGAUAGCUGGAACUCUCUUGCAGACAUUCAUUCUACUCUUCAUCCUUUACAAAACAAAUUGGAAUAAAGAGGUGGAGGAAUCAAGCAGCCGCAUGCAGAAAUGGGCAGGGCAUGACAGCAGGGCAGAUAAGAUUGGUGAUGACAUAUGAAUAACUUGCUUCAAGUGAUGCAGAAAUGCGUUUUUUAACUUCCAAAGUGUUCUGAAUGUUUGGAGGGUGCUUCUAAAGGCAUUACACCUCUAAAAUCCCAAUAAGAUCGUGUUAGAACAUCUUAUUGAUGAAAUAUUGUCAUUUAUAAACCUUGUUGUUUAACGCUGAAUCUGAUCAUAUUAACGCAUAUGAUCACCAUAGACUCAGAUUUAACCAAGGAUUGCAACUUACUGUAGUUACAAAAUUGUAACCACAUUCUAGAGUCCUUUCAAAUUAUAGAGCAGCGUAGUCUUCAACGUAUGAAGAAAAUAAAACUGCCGUGUUCUUAGCUAUUGUCAUAUA